AUGUGCAGGCAGAGGGGGAGCGGCCGGCACUCUCGUCGGACCGUCUGGCCGUCUGGCGAGAUGCCUCGUCGCUCUCUGACCGAGUGGCGGUGACGUAAACAAUGUCUCUGCGGCGAGAGAAGGCCGAGGAGGUUUAGCGGCAGCGGGGAAACGAAGGCGUGCUCGAAUGUUUUGCCUGCUACACGGUUCUCUCCGUACGUUUUUUCUCCCUUCUGCCUUUGACGUGCACACGAUACAAGUUUUUUUUUUCUUAGCUUGAAGUUUUUCUGCUUCCUGUCGGCUUCUUUUCUAACUUGUUGAUCGGCUUACCCUCAACCAAGCGGAAAAUGAAAAACCAAUAGAUGUAAUGAAGAAGGUGAACAGAAACUUGGCUUUUUAAUUAUUGAUCAUAAAAUGAUAAAAACAUGAAAGUAGCAAAAAGCAGUAACCUUUUUUCCUCGCUUACUUUUUUAAAUGAGAGUCGAAAAAGUUUAUUCACAGCUAGUAGUUUUUGCGGCGGCGUAUGGAAGAGAACCAUGGGCUUUUUCAAGAUUAAAUCGCUGAAUGGGACCGCAACUUUUCCGCAGAAUGUUCGCCGAUAAAUCAAGAAAAAAAAAAACAGUGACUGGCCAACUGAACGUAAAGACUGAUGAAAUUUCAACUUGAAGGUUUCGUGACCUUUGAUCUCAUGGCGCUAAAAAGGGUAUCUAAUCUGUUUAUCGUUGCUGUUUUUUUGUGAGAUUUACAAACAAGAUAAUUUUUUAUUUAAAAAGUCACUUAGUACAUAUAAAACAUGUAAUUAGUAUAUGAGUAUAGAGUAUAUUUAUCAAAACUUUUACUUUUUUUGCGGAUAAUUUGCUCAAUUGGACCUUUUUCGUGUUUCCAUUGUUCAGUUUGAACAUGAGUUUUGAAGAAUCAGUGCGAAUAUUAAAUAUGGGAGAGCCACUAUCAGCGCCGUUUUAUUUCGAAGUGACUUUUUCGCGCGCUUUACGUUUGCUUUGAGGUAUAAAAAAGCAUGAAAAAAGCCGUUAAAACUUUUUAUUGUUCUGAUAUGAGAAAUAUCAAAAAAUCCAGCUUACAUGGCACGGAAAAAAGAAUGUCUACCUGGUGGUUUUUUUAAGCAGGUGCUUUUUUACGUACAAUUUUGCUUUAACAUCAACUUUUUCCGUUUUCUCUCUUGGCUUGAUUCGGCAAAAGUUAAAACCGACAAAACUUGUGCUAUAUUUGAUAUUUGCACUUUUGAAAGCUUUUUUCGAUUUAUUUUUUUAGUUUCUGAAAACCGCUUUUUUGCAAAUCGUUUUUGAGGAGUAUGCCUUUUCGAGAAAAAAAAAAUUGGAACUUAUCCUUGUAUCAACAAUGAUGAACGGCGCUUCCGUGAACUGAAGCCAACCUUCUUGCGUUUAAGUUUCCCGCAAGUGAACUUUCUAUCUCAAUUUUUUUCUAUUCACGUGCAAAAAAAUAGGAAAAAAAUUUUUCCAAAAACUUUUUCUUUUUGUUUACUGGUUCCAGGCGUUUUUCCAGUUAUUAUUAAGUUUGCAUGGCUUGGCAAAAAAACUGAGAAAUUUUUCCAGAAUCUGAAGUCAUUUUUUUAUAAACCAUAAAUAGAAGCCUAAAUACGCAGUUUUUCCAGUGAAAUUCGCUCAUAAAAAAAUGAGAAUAAUUAUUUUCGAAAUAAAUUCAGAUUCAACAAACUUUUUUUACUCUAAUGUCUCGCUCCAUUUUUAAGCUUUUUGGAUUUAGAUUCAUGACAAAGACAUGAAAUAUGAAAUUUUUUUCUAUUGAUUCUGUUAAACGUUAGACACUUUUUAGAUUACGAAAAACGGUCUAAAAACAUCUCUUAAAUUACUUUUUUUAUGCCAAAUCCAACUUUUUGGAUUCCGUGUGUUUUUCCUUUUUUUAUUUGAUUUGAUUGCUGACAAAUUUUUCUAAAUAAAUAGCAAAUUGAACAGACAUUUGUUCUAUAAAUUGAUUGCUUUUUUUCAAUAAAGUUUAUAUUUAUCACCAAAAUAAUUAUAAAAUAACUCAUUUAGCUUUAUAAAAUUUUUUUAUUGAAUUUAUAUCUGCAAAAAAAGAAAGAGGAGAAAAACAUUUCAAAAACUAACGUAUCCGUUCACGACUUUUUUUCAGUAUUUUUUUCUUUCAAAACGCACAGCUUAGGGUGAGGCCCAUCGACCACUAUUUUUUUCUGUUCCGUUCAAUCUUUCGCUUCGAUGCCCAUUUUUCUAUGUAUAUAUGCACAUAUGAAUUGGAAUCAACGUGUGUUUUUUUUGUGCAGCGACCGUAGCAUGUCGGGCGGUAACGAGGAAGACCAGCUCGCGCAGUGUCAAGCCUACGUCCAGCGGCAUAACAUCCAGCAGCUCGUCAAAGAAGCCAUCGGUUAGUAUUUUUUGUGCUUUUUUAAAGAAAUAUUCCCAAAUUGUCUUUUAUUUUAUUUCAACAUCUCCUGUUUUAUUAAAUGACGUAAAGACUUGAUUGAGAAUGACGGAGAAUACAAUUUUUUUCUUUUUUUGUAUUCCAGCAAACAUUUCUAGAAAUCGGUAUGAAAAAAAUAGUUUAAUCGAAAUAUUCAUCAAAAAAUGUUAUUUCACACCGUCCUUCUAUCUUGUGAAUAAUGAUAAAAAAAACUGUCACAGCUUUAAAGAUAAUCAUUCAUGCGCUCAAGAUAUUUUUUUAAAAAUUUUUACAUAUUUUUUUGUUUAAUUUCGUAUGCAGCGAUCUUUAGAAGACCAAGAAAAAAAGAUCAGAGCAGUUUUAAAAAGAAUUUUUUUCAAAAAUAAAAUGGAAAGGUUAUAUUGCGUGUUUCAAUUGAUAUCAAGGCUCCAUAAAAAUAUCUUCUUCUCUUCAAGAUUCGAGCGGUUUUUCAGUUUUUUUUUUUCAUUAAUAGAGGUUCAUUUUUCUGGAAUAAUUAUCCGCCUGGAAAAGGUAAAUUUGUUACUAUUUUUUACAAAAAAAACCAAGUGCCAAAAAUCUUCGAUUCACAUGAACCCUCCAAAGUUUGCGCUCAAUUUUCUUGAAACUGAUUUAAAAAUGACGCAUUCAGGUCCCAAACCGUUCUUUUUGCAUCUAAUUUUGAAAAAAACUUCAUUUUUCAGUCGUUUUGUGCAUACACAAGCCCGAGAACCCAGUGCUAUUCCUCAAAGAACACUUCGAAAAACUCAACGAGUCACGUUCACAGGUUUGGAUUUUUUCAAUUUAAAUUUAGCUGUUAUUUCCCUUCCAAACGUUUCAAUGAGAGGAGGGAUUUUAUGGAACAGUUAUUUGACUAUUGCUUAUCGACAGUUUUUCUUCAGAAGAAAACGUGAAGAUAAGCAACUGCACUAAAUUAACAGCAUGUGAAAAGUUUCCAUCUUUUUUUUGUAUUUCUAAUCCGAAAAAAAUUUUAUUCAUUUUUUUCUAUUUUUCUUGAUUUUUGUGUCAUUUUGGGUUUAGUGCUGAGCGAAAUUGAUCUGGUUAGAAAAACUUCUUUUUCCAACACUAUGACCUUCAGAAUGACGAACACCCUUCAGUAACAAACUUUCACGGAGCUAAUGAUUAUUUUGGUUUUUUGAUUAUUUGGUUCAUGAUUCACAAACUCCCUGUAUCAAGGCCGCAAACAUACUUUUUUAGAGAAUAUUUUGAUAAAUUUCAAAAUUUUUAAUUUUUUCUGCGUAUUUUGUUUUUCGAAAAAGUUUCGUCAAAUAUAUAAUCAAACGCAAUACUUUUUGGACCAUGAAUCAUGUUUGCUUCUUACAAUAAGUAGUUCAUUUUUAUUUUUUUCAGCAUAUCAUAAGCGUUUUUUUACUAUAAAACUUUUUUUCAGAAAAAAAUUUGAAAAGAACACGAAAUUUUGUUAAAAAAACUUUUUUUCACUGCGCCAAGACCCCUUUUAAAAAAAUUUGUUAAAAUGUUUUCCUACUCCGAAAAAGAACGAGUUCUCUCAAAAACGAGUUUCUUUUUGUCGAUCAGAACUUUUUGUUUGUUGUUUCUUAGAAGGACGUCAUCACAUUUGUCAUAUUUCAAAGCUUUCUUCGUUUUUUUCUUCAAUAUUCUCCUCAAUUUGUUAUGCUUGAGCGGCAGAUGAUUGCACUUUUCAUUUCACUGCGCCGAUUGCACUCGAGAAAAAAGAAGAAAAAGAAGAAAAAAAAGGCGGGGAAAAAGAGUAAGUGACGUGAAUGUGCAUCGACAGCAUAAAACUAAGCGCAUUCUAAGUAGAAAUUGGUCUUCGGCAGCAACGGAAAACCGAUCGAUGGCCUCCAGCGACCAACGGGCCAAAGUCAGCCGCGAGACGACAGCCGCAAACAUAAUCGUGUGCACUGAAUUUUCGACACCCACACCUUUUGCGUUGUCCGCAGGAAAUCCCUUGUUUUUGGGCCGAAGUGCCAUAAAAACAGCUGUUCUGAAGCUGUAAGUAAGUCGUCGGCAACUUGCGUCUUCUUUUCACCACGAUGGGACAUCGACAGAGCAUAAUUAGAAUAACAGAAUCGAAGGUUUUUUUUUGGAACGCUGAGCCUUACGUGCACCUCCUUAAUUCAAUUAACUAUACAUAAUGACGUCAGCAAGAUUUCUUUGGAACCUAACAUCAUGUUUUUUCGACAAUUUAAUUUUCUGAUUUCUUGACCUUGAAAUAUUGCUUUCAUGAUUGGGCUCCGGUUUGCAAUUAAUAAAACGCAAAACUUUUUGUGGACCAUACGACUAAGCAAUCUUGUAUAAGAUUUUCCGAAACACAAAACUGAAACUCUGAUUUUGAUUUUAGGAAUCUGGACGUAAAUAUAGGUUUUAUUAAAGACCGGAUUAAGUUGCGAUCAGAAGUCCAUGCAAAUAAUUUGCUUAAAUACAUGUUUGUACUUCUGCAAAAGGACCUAGUUUUUUUUUUUUUUUGUUUUCAUGAUUUUUUUGAUCAUUUUUUUCUAUUAAAGCCGGGAGUUAAUGAAAAAAACAAAAUUAACUAUAAAUUUCUUGUUGUACGAAAAGUCGGAUUUUCAAGGAUUUUAUGAACAUUCGAACAAACAUUUACGAACAUAAUAUGUAUUCAAAAAGAAAAAUUAUAGCUCUGCUCGUAUUUUUGUCUGGGUGCGGUCUUUUUCGAUUCCAGAACUUUAAUUGAGCUUUAAAUUUCGUUAUUCAAUUUAUUGGAAAAGUCUUCUCGUGCAUCCAUGCAACUAGUACAAAGAUAUACUCCGGGGAGCAGCAUUUUCAGAAUUUUGCAUUUUCCCUUAUAAAACUCAAAAUAUGUGGGAAAUCUGUUUGAGUGUCUUGGGAGGUCUUAGAAAGGAUAUUAUCGAAGUUUCGAAACCAGAAUCAUGGAUCACGGACACCUUGGAGUUUUCUGCUCUAAAUGACAGAAAAAUGAAAGAAUCCUCCAAAUUUCCGGAGAAAAGAUUGGCGCCAGUUCACGAAGUUGGGAUGGAAGCCGAUGCAUCAAAACUCUCUUUUUCUCUGCGCCAUUCACAAAGUUUUUUCCACGGAAUGUUUGGCGGCGGGCAGUGGAGGAAAGAGUGUUUAGAUCGUAGAGAGCACAUUAUGCCCCCAGCACAACGCACAUUGUGGGUUGGAAAUAUUGCUCACCCAGAGCUGAAGCUCUUCCGCGGAGUGGUGGAAGUUGAGCUCUCUCCUUUGCACAAACCCCUCUCACUGAUGUUCCAUCCAAAAGUUUGCCUUUUGUCUUUCGGUCCAGGUUUCAUGACGUUUUCUGUUCAGGAGGCCGGCAAGCAGGACAACGCCGAUGAUGACGACAUCAUCGUCGAGCCGCCGAAGAGAUCCGGCGGUCGCAGAACUGGUAUUUCCGCUGAGCCGAUCCGCGAGGAUGAGACUGAGUACAAAAAGGUUCAUUUUUUAUGAUAUUCAAACGAUUAAAUGUAUUUGAAAUUUCUUCUUUUCGAAUUGAGAAACAGAAAUGUGUGUUAUGCUCACAUCCACAAAAACGCGAAUUGGAAAUAGCUAAAAAUCUCUUGUUCAAUAAAUUAUUAGAAUUCACCGAUCUAGUAGUAAGAUCACAGAAAUCCAAAAAAUGUCGGAGGCUUUUUUCUCCAAGGAAUGGCUGAAUUUUUUUGGAGUGUCCUAUCUAAUUGCUAAAUUUCGAGACAGUUUGUCUUUUUGCGCUCUAUUUUUUUCUCCUUUUGGUUUUUUAUUUAUUUGUGGAGAAAAUUGGAGACGCGGAUAUCACUCACUUCUUCAUUAAAAAGCAAAAAGAAAUUUAAUUUGAAAUUUUUUUAAAGGGAUUUCUGAACAAAAUUAUCGGUCAAUUUUUUUUUGAGAGGUCACAACUUGCUUCUUUUUAAGUUCUAGAAAUGAUCAAAUUCCGCUCAAACUUGAAGAAUAUAAAAAGAAAGCACUUGAAAAUGGCUUCAAUGGCUGAGCGAAACUCACUUUGGCGCUUCUCUCAAGCAAAUCCCCUCAGUCGUUUCGGGCUCUCCUUCAUUUUGCAAAUCCAAACUGGUCUUUUUGUGUUCAAAGCCGCCGGCUAACUCAGCUUCUUCUUUUUCCCGAAGCAGAAAAGCUGUUGUUGUGGGCUCUCCAAAAGAUAGUUGGCCGCUGCUAGCAAGCGACUGCCAAAAUAACAUUAAACUCUUCUUUUCGAAGUUAUUUUUUCCAACAUCUUUUUCGAGUAUUGUAAAAUGAUACAAAAAGUGGUUACAAAAAACAAUAGAAAGUUCUCGAAGAACGAGUCACUCAGUUCAUUUACGACUAGCUUUAGACUAUAUUCAAUGAUUGUACAAAAACACAAUUAGCUGGACCUAAAUUAAAAUAAAAGUCAAAAAAGGCUUUUUUGGUGUAUUUGUCCCAAGUGAACGAUUAAUAGAGAAAUUCAGAAAAAUAAAAAAGUUCAGCGAAAAAUUCCUGGCAAAGGGACACGUACGUUAAAGGCCGUUGUCAACCGAAAUCGGCAAAAACACUUUCUGAAUAUCUCAACCAAACAUGUAUAUUCUCGUUUUUCCAAUUUAAAAAUUUUGGCCGACACUUUGAUUAUGAAAAAUUUUCCCUAACACUCGUGAAAACUGUUGGGAAAAAAAUUAUAGAUUUUUGAAGAUGAUUCUGAAUGUAGCACGCUAUGUUUCGGAUGCAGUGUCUUCAUUUUUUCUACUUUUCCAAAUAGAUCUUUGAUUGUCCAGUUUGCAGCUAUUGAAGCUAAAAGUUCAACUUUCCUCAAUGCAUUGCAUUAAAAUGUACGCGUAGCUGCCUAGCAACCGGUUUCCAAUCAUGGGAGCUCACUCUCAAAAGAUUUGAUGGGAAACUAUGUCAGAAUGAAAGGAAGGAAGUUAUCCAUUCACCUGAUGACUUUUCAGGUGGUUAUUCCAAAAGACGAUGCGACAAGGAGAUCGCUCGAGUCAGCGAUGAUGACGAACUUGCUUUUUGCUCAUUUAGAGGUUUGAAAUCACAUUUCAAAAAAUACUAUCUAAAGUUUUUAGGAAGAUGAGAAGAAGACAAUGUACGACGCAAUGUUCCCAGUGGAAAAAGCGGGCGGCGAAACCAUAAUCGAACAAGGAGAAGAAGGAGACAACUUUUAUGUUAUAGACAGAGGAGUAAGUUAAUCGGAUAGUCACCACGACUGAAAGGCCAACAACUAGUAUAAAAAGGCUCUAAAAAUUGAAGAUAAGUGUGAAAAUUUUUAGGACACUUCUUGACGUAUCGAAAUUGGUUUUUAUCGCACAAAACUUCAAUUCCUGAGAGAAUUUCGUUUCUGAUGGCUUUUUAUCGCUAGUUAACAUUUUUGGUCAAUUUUCUCGAAUAUAUACUGUUCUCAUUUUGACAAAUAUCGCUUCGCCGAAAACUAAAUUUGAAAAUUUGAUGAAACUUUGUUGGUUCUAGAUCAUUCUACAAAUAAAAAUUAAGCUGAAUAGAAUCAUCCCUACAAGUUUCUUGUCAGUAAAAAUUAUGAAAAGUUUUAUAAAGCGUUAUAAAAUACCAGCAGAUGUGAGAAAUAUAGAAAGUUGAAAUAGUUAUUCAGUAGUGUCAGUAAAAAUGUUAGAAGAGAAAGAAACGGGAAAUUUUUUAAAGUGCCAGUUUGCGCCUCCUCUACUUUUUUUUCUCGAACUUCUUGAUUAUACACUGAAACUUUCUAAAUUACAGACGGUCGAUGUGUAUGUAGGCGGCGACUACGUUUUGACGAUCAAUGAAGGUGGAUCUUUCGGUGAACUCGCACUCAUCUACGGAACUCCUCGUGCCGCCACCGUUAUCGCAAAGGUUCCAAAAAUCUCUCGGUUUUGAGGAUAAUUAUGGAUUUGAAGACUGACGUCAAGCUGUGGGCAAUCGAUCGUCUUUCUUACCGAAGGAUUCUCAUGGGGUCAGUCAUGCGGAAGCGCAAGAUGUAUGACGAAUUCCUCUCCAAAGUUCAGAUUCUUGGUUAGUUUCCGAUUUUUUUUAUUGCGAUUGAUUGUUUGUCUUUCUUCAAGCCGACUUGGACAAAUGGGAACGCGCCAAUGUUGCCGAUGCAUUGGAGCGGUGCGAUUUCGAACCAGGCACCCACGUUGUUGAACAGGUUUUGUGUCUUCUGCGAGUUUCGAGCUAAAAUAUGCUUCUUAGGGACAACCUGGAGACGAAUUCUUUAUCAUUUUGGAAGGCGAGGCGAAUGUACUACAAAAAAGAAGUGACGACGCUCCAUUCGACGUUGUCGGCCAUCUAGGACCCUCUGACUAUUUUGGUGAGAUCUUGUGAAAAUCAGCGCUGUUUUUGAGUUAUCUCAAGAAUUAUUGCUGAAAAGGAAUUAUUCGUACUUUUUGAUAGAAUGUUUCUCGAAAGUUGGCUAAAACACUCUUUGAUUCGCAAAUCAAUCAGGUUAUAAAACUUUGAGAAAAAUAUAUCUCCAAAACUGAAGAAUUACAUAGGUGGCCAAUAUGAAGGCUGAAAAAAAGUUUCGAGCAGGGUUGGAAAAACUCCAAAAUUCUAGUUGAGGUGAUUUUUCGUAUUUGGGAUCUUUUUCCUUGUAAACUAAGUAAUAAAAAAAUAAUUAGGAAAGUAGGAAAAAUUUGCAACCUAAGAUUAAAUGAGCUCCUCUAUAAGGAUCUACGAAUUUCCAAUGCUCUGUCGUAGAGAAAAGUCAGGAAAACUAUUUUCGCAGGACCUUCAAAAGGCAAAUUGUUUCUGAAAAAAUGAAGCCUGCCAAAUUAUCUUUUCAACUGCUAUUUUUGUAGGAGAGAUUGCUCUACUGCUAGACCGCCCCAGAGCUGCGACGGUCGUCGCCAAGUCAAGCCUUAAAUGCGUGAAACUGGAUCGGGCGCGUUUUGAACGAGUUAUGGGACCCGUGCGAGAAAUCCUCAAGCGAGACGUCUCUAAUUACAAUUCCUACGUGAAGCUUAUGACCUAA